UUUUUAAAAAUAAUAAAUAAAAUAGUUCUAUUACAUACUUUUAAAAGAAUUUUAAUUUACUCUUAUUUACAGUAACAGUAGCAGAAUUUUUCAUUUACUUAGUCAUUUGGGAUUUUUGGUUAUCAAUAAUAUAUAGAUUAUUUUAUCACAUCAUAAGAACAAAAAAAAAGAAGAAAAAAAACUUUUGACCUUGACGUAAACAAACUGACUACACGUGACAGUGUUUUCACUGUAAGAAAUUCUUGAUUACAUUGAGACGACCCUGAAGUAUUCACCUCCGAAAGUCGUCUUGAUGUUCAAUUUUGUUAUUUAUCAGGUUUCAUCAUUGUAAAUCAUGUCCACUUCAGAAUCCAUAGAUGUUGUAGUUCCGGGCAUUGAUAAUCUUUUUAAAUUAGAUCCAUAUUUAAAAAGUCAUGAAAAAGAAAUAAAACGCCGGUAUGGUUGCUUUCUUACUUUACUGAAAAAAAUUGAUGAAAAUGAAGGUGGGCUUGAUAAAUUUUGUCGAAGUUACAAAACCUUUGGUAUACAUGUCACACCUGAAAAUGGUAUUCGGAUGGUGGAAUGGGCACCGGGUGCUGAAGCUGUCUAUUUGCGUGGCGAAUUCAAUGACUGGAAAAGGGUGACCCAUCCUUUUAAGAAACUGGAUUUUGGAAAAUGGGAAUUAGAAAUUCCUCCAAAUCCUGAUGGUAGCUGUCCAAUCGCACAUAAUAGUACCAUAAAGUUAGUUAUAUUGACUCGUAAUGGAAAAAUGGAAGAUCGCUUAUCCCCCUGGUCAACUUAUGUUGUUCAACCACAUAAACAAAUAGUUUUUGAUCAAAGAUUCUGGAACCCUCCCCCUAAUGAGAAAUAUUCCUUCAAGCAUCAAAAGCCAAAAAGGCCAAAAAAUAUGAAAAUAUAUGAAUGCCAUGUUGGAAUUUCAUCACCAGCCGAAGCAGUUGCCAGUUACAGCUAUUUCAGUAAAAAUGUUAUUCCCAGAAUUAAAAAUCAAGGUUAUAAUGCUAUUCAACUGAUGGCAAUUAUGGAACAUGCUUAUUAUGGCAGCUUUGGAUAUCAGGUUUCAAGUUUUUUUGCUGCUUCCAGUCGUUUCGGUACCCCAGAAGAGUUGAAAGAACUUGUGGACAAUGCCCAUGCUCACGGACUCUACGUACUGCUGGAUGUUGUGCACAGCCAUGCUUCCAAAAAUGUUCUGGAUGGAAUAAAUCAAUUUGAUGGAACCAAUUCUUGCUUUUUCCAUGAUGGUGGAAGAGGAGAACACAGUCUAUGGGGAAGCAGACUCUUUGAUUACACUCAGUGGGAAGUGUUAAGAUUCCUUCUCUCUAAUCUGUGCUGGUAUAUGGACGAGUAUCAGUUUGAUGGAUUUCGAUUUGAUGGGGUAACUUCCAUGCUCUAUCAUCACCAUGGAAUGGGCACAGGUUUCAGCGGUGACUAUAAUGAGUACUUUGGCCUUAAUACUGAUACUGAAUCAUUGACUUACCUCAUGGUAGCAAAUCAUAUGCUCAAAGUUUUAUAUCCUGAAAGUUUAACGGUGGUGGAGGCUUUGAUUAUAGAUUAGGAAUGGCUAUUCCUGACAAGUGGAUUGAGCUUCUUAAAGAACAACAAGAUGAGGAAUGGAAUAUGGGGAAUAUUGUUCAUACUUUGACUAAUCGUAGAUGGAUGGAAUCAACGGUUGCCUAUGCUGAGUCACAUGAUCAGGCAUUAGUAGGGGACAAAACUAUUGCCUUCUGGUUAAUGGACAAAGAUAUGUAUGAUUUCAUGUCUGUACUUUCUCCUUUAGUGCCUACUAUUGACAGGGGACUCGCACUGCACAAGAUGAUUAGACUAAUUACUCAUGCUAUGGGUGGUGAGGCAUGGCUAAAUUUUAUAGGUAACGAAUUCGGUCACCCUGAGUGGCUUGACUUUCCGAGAGUGGGCAACAAUGAAAGCUAUAAGCAUGCCAGAAGGCAGUGGAACUUAGUAGACAAUGAACUCUUGCGUUAUAAAUUCUUGAAUAAUUUUGAUAGAGAGAUGAAUCAUUUAGAAGAUAAAUAUUUGUGGCUGUGUUCUAAUCCAGCAUAUGUGAGCUGGAAGCAUGAAGAUGACAAAGUAAUAGUAUUUGAUAGAGCUGGAUUGGUUUUUGUUUUUAACUUUCAUUCUACAAAAAGUUUUCCCGGUUACAGAGUUGGUGUUGAUGUUCCUGGAAAAUAUAAAAUUGUAUUAGACAGUGAUUCUGAAGAAUUUGGUGGACACAAACGGCUUGACCACAACACCGAGUUUUUUACAUUCCCUGAGUCUUAUUGUGGUAGACAGAAUUCAAUGCAUAUAUACAUCCCAUCAAGAGUAGCAUUGGUCUAUGCUAAGGCUGACUGAUGACAUUAAAGACUCGAAUCUGAUGAAAGUACAAAAUGUUGCCAAAUCUGUCUUUAUUAUUUUAUUCAAAAUAACAAGUCAAUUUGUGCCAUUAGAUUAGAUAUAUUUUUUGAAAACGUUCAUUUUCCCUAGUGUUUAUUAUUUUAAUUUUUGUAGAUUUUACACUUUUUUUUUUAAAAAAAGGGACAUUACCAUUGGUCACUAAUACAAGUGAUUACAGUUGCAAUUAAACCAACAUGUUAAGUUUUUAUUUUGUUAUAGAUAUAUAUUUUUCUGGUAUAACAUUGUAAAUAAAUGUUUGUCAAACCAAAUUAUGUAUUGAGAAAAAUAUAUGUGAAAAAGCACUGUUGAGCACUUAGAAUUUAUGAGAUUUUUUGUAAUAAAUAUAAUUGCAUUUUUAUUGCAUUAAAGUACUUACUGGAUGUGUUGA